GUGGUAAGCUGGUUGCAUUCGUAAGUAUUUAUCGUCUAUGUCUAGAUUCUAGAUUAUUGUAGAUAAUGUAGUCGGGACGGUGGAUUUGCCGUUGGAAAGAAACCUUCACCACGUGGAGUCUGUCAUCAACGGACAUAAUGGAGUUAAGACUGAAUCAAUCUUUAGUUCAAGUGGAUCAGUGGAUCACUCUCAGAAAGUCGCAGGGAUUUCUAAGCACAAAAUCAAAUUAUGUCUCCGAUCGUACGGUGAUCGGCCUAUAUUGACUCGGAUCGUCUGGUAUAAAGAUCGUGAGUACCCCUGGGGAAUCAAUCCUAGUCCAUCUACAUCAGAUCCAAUCACAUCUCUCACAUCUCACAUCCAAAACUCAAUCACAAUGGCUACCGACUACAAGUUCGAAGGCUGGAUGGGCCUUGACAACACCGCUGCCGAGGGCAACAUGGUCUGGCAGGAAUUCGAGCCCAAGCCUUGGGAGGAAACCGAUGUCGAUAUCAAGAUCACCCACUGCGGUAUCUGUGGAUCCGACAUGCACACCCUGCGAAGUGGAUGGGGCCCAACAACAUAUCCCUGCUGCGUGGGUCACGAAAUCGUCGGAAUUGCCGUCCGUGUCGGUUCCAAGGCCGAAGGUGGCAUCAAGGUCGGUGACCGCGUUGGUGUCGGUGCCCAGAGUGACUCUUGCCUGGGCCGUAAGGGUGACUGUGAAGAGUGUGCUGCCGGCCUUGAGCAGCACUGCUCCACUCACAUGGUCGGUACAUACAACAGCACCUACAUGAACGGAGGCAAGUCGUACGGUGGAUACGCUCUGUACAACCGCUCGCCCUCGCACUUUGUCGUCAAGAUCCCCGAUGCUAUCCCCUCUGCUGAAGCCGCUCCCAUGCUUUGCGGCGGUAUCACAACAUACUCUCCCCUCAGACAAAAUGGCUGCGGACCUGGAAAGAAGGUCGGAAUCGUCGGAGUUGGUGGUCUCGGCCACUUCGGUAUCAUGUUCGCCAAGGCAUUGGGUGCUGACAAGGUCGUUGCCAUCUCGCGCAAGUCGGACAAGAAGGAGGACGCCCUCAAGCUGGGUGCUGACCAGUACAUCGCCACUGACGAUGAUGCCGACUGGGUUAGCAACAACUCCCGCUCUUUGGACCUGAUCAUUUCCACCGUCUCCUCUUCAAAGAUGCCGAUUGCCGGUUACGUCUCCCUCCUCCGUACCGGUGGUACAUUUGUUCAGAUGGGUGCCCCCGAAGACGGUGCUCUUUCCAUUCCCGCCUUUAUCUUGAUUAUGAACCGUAUCAAGUUCGGUGGCUCUCUCAUCGGAAGCCCCGACGAGAUCAGAGAGAUGUUGCAGCUGGCCGCCGACAAGAAGGUCCACUCGUGGGUUGAAGAGAGACCGAUGAAGGAUGCGAACAAGACCAUCCUCGACAUGGACGCCGGCAAGGCGAGAUACCGUUAUGUCCUGGUGAACGAGCAGUAA